CCAAUGUUUGGGAUGGAUUGUAUACACCUGUGUCCAUGGAGGGGAUUGGAACACCUGAAUCACAUGAUUGGGAGGGGAUUGGAACACCUGAAUCACAUGAUAUGGAGGGGAUUGGAACACCUGAAUCACAUGAUAUGUAGGGGAUUGGAACACCUGAAUCACAUGAUAUGGAGGGGAUUGGAACACCUGAAUCACAUGACUGGGAGGGGAUUGGAUCACCUGAAUCACAUGAUAUGGAGGGGAUUGGAACACCUGAAUCACAUGAUGUGGAGGGGAUUGGAGCACCUGAAUCACAUGAUAUGGAGGGGAUUGGAACACCUGAAUCACAUGAUUGGGAGGGGAUUGGAACACCUGAAUCACAUGAUGUGGAGGGGAUUGGGACACCUGAAUCACAUGAUUGGGAGGGGAUUGGAACACCUGAAUCACAUGAUGUGGAGGGGAUUGGAACACCUGAAUCACAUGAUUGGGAGGGGAUUGGAACACCUGAAUCACACGAUAUGGAGGGGA